AUGUCCUUCCCGGCGACGUACCCAGAAACACCACUCAUACAGCCUAUCCCCCGAAGACAAGACACUCCUAUAAUUUCCGACGCGUUUGAGUCGUCUUGGGGAUCUUCGUCGUCCUCGGCGGGCUGCCCAUGCUGUGCCACGCCACCGUUGCCAAAUCCGAUCACACCCACCAAUAUCAUCCCCAGUAUUGAAGUGGGCUCGGGCUCUUUCACGGCUCUUGAGGACCAAUUUUUAAGAACUUUCACGGCUCAAUCGACCAGUCCAUUUCAUGCUCAGGAUGUGGCCGCGGUUCCAAAAGACCCGCGGGCCGCGGGCCACUGGCUCCUCGUUGAGCUCCUCUGCCAUCGAACAUUUGUCACAUUCGGCGCUCAGGACAGCAUCCGCAAGCUCAGCACUUCCCAUUAUCAGCGUUUUGUCCCGGGGGACACCUUGUCUAUCAUCGUUCGCCGGGUGAAUCAAGGGUGGCUUACCUGGCUCGAGGCGAACAUCACCCGGGGCGAUAAGUUGGUUGCUACUGCAACCGGUCUCUAUGAUGGCCCACUUCUGCAACCUGACGACCUACGGCCCGAGCCUGAUGGUCUUGCACAUGGCUUUGGGGGUUUGACAACCUUUUAUGCUCCCGAUCAGAGCCCAAAUGAAACCGUUUAG